AUGGGGCUCAAAGUAAACUCAGCUUUAAAGGGAGGCAAGGCCGUAACCGAGUGCCGUGUUCAGAGCUUCCGUCCUGGCAGCCUCUUGGUGGACUUCUACCUCAGAUUCCUAAGCACCAUACCUAAUCCCGUGCAGCUAUUUUUGAAUUUGGUCAAGACUGGGUUCAUCGGAGGAAUUCCAGUUGAUAAACUGCCGGGGAGAUUAUACAAUGGAACAGGAGUUACUUUCCCACCAGGAUUCUCUGGCUGCAAACCCGUGGGAUGUCCAGUCCCCUGCACCCCUCCUUCAUGCAGUGUUGCAUGCUCGACGGGGAUUCCCUGUGGCUCCCCUGUUACCAGUAAACCAGCUGUCCCAACUCCUCAAGUCAUCGUUGGUCCGACAAUACCAGUGAUUCCUGUGUCGUACCCAUACCCUGCUCCGGCUCCAGUUUCUUAUCCGGCUGCCCCACCUAUCCCCCCAGCUGCCACCUGUUCUCUACAAUGCCUUCAGCAAUCUGCACAGUUCUGUCCUUCCUACUGCUCCCUGCAAUGUUGUAGGCGAUCAACUUUACCUUCAUACGUAGGAAAGAAAAGCAAAGUAAAGAGACCGAACACUGUUAAGUCGUCUCGCAAAUUAGUUUUAAGGGAAAAACACAUUCGUCGUAAACUGUAAACCACGAUCACUUUCCCCCCAACACGGGAAACCAGACCUGCAAA